AUGCUCUACAGGUGCGCGCCCGCCAUGCUCUACAGGUGCGCGCCCGCCAUCGCCCCCACCCACGCGCGCUCUCACCACGCCCACAUGCGCGCUACGCAUUUGCAUGCGAGCGACGCGGCCUGGCACGGCCUCGCGUGCUGCUCGCGGCGACGAGUCAUCGGCCAUCGCCAGCGCGCGUGUGGGUGGUGCCGUCGCGGCGAUGCCGCCGGUAGCGCCCAGCGAGGGCGAGCCCAGCCAGGCGGGCGGCCGGCCUGGUCUCAUGCGGGCGGGUGGCGCGUCGCGAGGGUGGCGGACAUUUGGAGUGGUGGCGAGCGGUUGAGGGGUGAGAAGAAGCGAGAGGCGGGAGCAUCCCGUGGAAAGGCGACGGCUUGCGCACGGUGUGCACGGCCCUCACGCCGCUGCCACGCCUCCCACUGCUCACGCAUGGGCCGUGCCGACAUAUCCUGCCACGUGGACAAGACUCUCGACGCCUCUACCGCCGUCAUGGGCGCCGCGACUGGCGCGGAUGCUGAGAUCCGCCUCCCAUCCGCCGCCUCUUCCGCAUCCUCCUCCCUCGGACUCCCCUCGCCCCCAUCCACCCGCCCUCCCACUAUCUCCCCUCCCCCCCCCGCCUCGCCACCCCCUUCCAUUCCGCCCCCUUCCCCUCCAGCCACAUCCCCGCCGCCCUCCCCACCUCCUCCGGCCCCCUCCCCUCCACCUCCCCUUCCGCCCGCGCCUGUGGUGGUGGCAGCGGGCUUGGCGAGUGGCGGGCAGGCGCAGGGGUUUGGGGAGGUGGGCAGAGAGGGGGUGGUGAGGGCGCGGGGGACAGCGAGGGCGGGUCGUAGUGUUGAGGGGGCUGGACGGAAAGGUAUUGGGGCGGAGGGCGAAGAGGGCGAGGAGGAGGAGGAGGCGGAGGAGGAGGGGGUGAAGGGGAGAGCAGUGGCGCGAGGGCAUGGCGCAUGGGUGGCGCGGAAGAAGAAGGGCCGCGGCAAGGGCGGGAAGAAGGCGCGGGGCGCAUGGGAGAGGUCGGGGGAGGAGGAGGAGGAGUACGAGGAGGAGGAGGCGGAGGAGGAGGAGCAGGGCGAGGAGGAGGACACGGGCAGGCGCGCAGGGGGCGCGGCGAGGAGAGGCAGCAGGAAGGCAGUGGCAGGGCGGCGAGCAGGGUGUCGUGUCUCACUGCCAUGCAUGCCGUGCCUGCAUUAUGUCAUAGCCAACCCUCCUCCUACCCGCAUGCCUCACACACACCACAUGUCAUGUCUUGCUUUCACCCCUUUCCACUUCCUUUCCCCUGUCGCCCCGACCCAACUCCCCCGUGUGGCGCUGGUCAGUGCAUCGCACGCGGGUGACUCGUUGCUGCGGCGCAAGGGCAAGGCCAGGGGCAGGGCCAGGGGCAAGGUGGGCGCCAGGGCGGACGACGAGCAGCAGGGCGCGCGCAAGGACAGGAGGCGGCGAGGCGAGGAGGACGAGGAGGAGGAAGAGGAGGAAGAGGAGGGGGAGGGCGAACGGGGGCGGGGGGGUGCUUGGGCCCUGCGGUCCAAGAAAACAGAGGAGGGGGGCCGCAGACGGGGGCAUGAGGGCAGGGGGGAGUACGGGGAGGAAGGGGAUGGGUUUAAGGGGGCAGUGGGGAGGGACAGGCUGUGGCAGCGCGGGGAUGGGUAUGGGCGCAAGGGGGGUGAGGGGGAGGGCGCGGAGGACAGCAGAUGGCGGUCCCAGCAGCAGCGGGGUGGGGAAGAGCGCUCGUGGGCAGCAGGGGCGGGCGCAGGGGGGGCGGGGCUGUGGUCGCAGCGCAGCAGUGGGGCCCAGGCGGGGUGGCAGGGGGGUGACAGGGGCAGAUGGGCGCAAGGAGGGGGAACCUAUGGGGAGCAGGGCGCAGGGGCAGGGGGGUAUUACGGCAGGGGUGCGGGCACAGGGGCGCAGUGGGGGGAUAGUGGGCGGAGAGAGGGGACAGUGGCGGGGGCAUGGGGCACAGGGUCAAGGGGGGCGGGGGGAGUGGGGGUGGUGGAGCCAUGGCGUGUGGGGGGAGUGGGAGGGGGCGGCGCGUGGGGUGGGGAGGGCGGGUACGUGCUGUCACCCCCCGCAGCAGCAGCAGCAGGUCGCAUGCAGAUGCUGCCAGGGGGAGGAGCAAGCACGGGCGCGGGCGCAGGCGCAGGCAUGGGCAUGGGCGUGGUGGGCGUGGGCGUGGGCAGCAACAGCCCUGCAACAACAGGGUGGCGGGCCGGCGGGCUGCUGCCGUGGCUCACUGGCACGGCCUCCCCGCCCCCUGCUGAUCCCCCUCCCUCUCCCCCGCCCCCCGCUCCUGUACAGCAAGCACAGCCCCAGCAGCAGCAGCAAGUGCAAGAGCAAGCAGCCCAGCAGGUGCAGCAGCAGGUGCAAGAGCAAGGGGGAGGGACACACGGUGGGGGGGUUGAGAGAGAUGCAGGGCAGCAGGCUGGUGAGCAGCAGCAGCCACAGCAGGAGCAGCAGCAGCAGCAGCAGCAGCAGCAAGAGGAGGGCAGGCAGGAGGAGCAGCAGAAGCAAGGAGGCGAGAGCGGCGGUGGUGGCGACGGUGGCGAUGGUGGCAGGCCAGCCACACAAGACAAGAAGCCACCACGCAAGGUGCCACCACAUGCCUCGCUGCUCUCACUCCUGUCCCUGCUCUUCAUCGCGUCUCCUCUCCAGCUCUCCAUGCUCCUCCCCUUUGCCGCCUCACAUGCACCGUCUGUUUCUUCCUCUGCCCUUGGCCCUUGCGUCUGCAUGCUCUUGGCUAUGGACUUCCUGCUCUUCAGCGGCUAUCGCAGCACCAUGGACACCUUUGUCGCCAUAGGCAACAUCCGCCCCAACCGCACGCUCACCGACCUUGACUGCUGGUGGCGCACGAAGAAGGGGUCGCGGCUGGCGGGGCGCGUGUCGGUGAAGCGCGUGGCGGAGAUGGCGCUGGGGCCGGCGGUGAUCAAGAGCCGUGGCAAGGGCCAGGAGUUGGCGGCGCUGCUCUUCUGCAUCCUGGAGGAGGAGGCCAACCUGCGCACCGGCGGUGCGCUGCGCAUGAGUGUGAACGGCGUGGAGCUGCUGGUGUACGAGGAGGACGCCAACCCCGGCUACAAGCUCAAGUUCGCUGCGGAGGAGACGCUGGUGUACGAUGUGAUGUACUGCUCGCCGCCGCUGCAGCGCGAGUACGACACGCUGCGCCUGUACCAGUGGGUGGAGUUCCACCGCAAGGUGCACCGCAUCGACUUCUUCCAGCUCUACGACGCCGGCGGCGUCACGGACGACUUCCUGGGCGUGGCGGAGUCGUUUGUGAACGAGCGCCUGCUGGCCGUGCUGGACAUGCGCAUGGCCGCCAAGCACGACCCCUUCAUGCAUGGCCAGCUGCUAGCGGCGCACGACUGUCUGUACUUUGCGCGCACGGCAGCGCGGUGGGCGCUGUUCCUGGACGUGGACGAGUACCUCUACGUCACGGCGCCGCCGCACUCCAUCCACGCCACUCUCGACAAGCACAAGCGCUCCACGUUCCUGACGGUGGGGUCGGUGCGCUACUUCACGGAGCGGUGUGCGGCGCCACCCGAGGGCGAGGAGUUCAACGGGUGGGAGGUGGAGCGCAUGGUGUUCUGCGACCCCACGCCCACGUGCUCCAACACCACCCUGCACGGCAACCGCAACCUGUGCCUGGGCAACGAGGGGCGCCGCAAGUACAUGGUGGACCCGCGCAAGACAUCCAUGACUGCGGCCAAAGUGCACGUGGUACUGCUGCCUCCCUAUGUCCCACUCGCCCACUGCACGGCGCUCACCCGUGUGUGCCGCGUGGGUGUGUGGUGGUGGCAGGAGCACCGUGUGCUGGAGCCACGGGCGGGGGGCACGCACCUGGACACGGCGGAGGUGCGCCUGGGCCGCUUCCCCGACCUGCCCGUGCUGGCGCUGGAGCCGUGUGGCAAGGUGGUGAAGGACGGCGACUGGAUCCCCCCUGCGUGGACGCGGGACACCGGCCUCGCCAAGCUGGCGGAGCGCGUGCGCCUUGACGACUCGCAAUGA